AUUUUAGAAUGAUAAGUUGGUAAAUCGGUUUCUCGUCGUUCUGUCGCCUAUUCAUAAUACCGUUAAUUUUCAUCGCCUAAUCGGAUAGUAGAUUGAUGGAAAGUAACAAUUAUCAGUUAAUUAUUUACAAGGAUCUUUAAGAAGAUUUUGAUAUUGAUCCAAGAGGUGAUUGUGCACUUUGGGAUGAGUUCCCCCAUGUCCAGUUUAAACAGUUUAUUUUCAUUCACGAGUCCUGCUGUCAAAAGGCUUCUUGGUUGGAAGCAAGGAGACGAGGAGGAAAAAUGGGCUGAAAAGGCUGUGGACUCUUUGGUUAAGAAACUGAAGAAAAAGAAAGGAGCCUUGGAGGAACUUGAAAAGGCAUUAAGUUGUCCUGGACAACCUAGCAAGUGUGUUACAAUCCCACGCUCACUGGAUGGUCGAUUACAGGUGUCGCAUAGGAAAGGACUGCCACAUGUCAUAUACUGCAGGGUGUGGCGGUGGCCAGAUUUACAAAGUCAUCACGAGUUGAAACCUUUAGAUAUAUGUGAAUACCCAUUUAGUGCUAAACAGAAAGAAGUUUGCAUCAAUCCCUACCAUUAUAAAAGGGUUGAAAGUCCAGUGCUACCACCAGUUCUUGUUCCACGCUACAGUGAGUUUCCUGCCGGUCAUGGAUCACCACCAUCAUUGCCUCCAUUCCAACAGGCCCCAGAACCAGCAAUGCCACAAAACAUCAGCUUCGACCCUAAUGGCUUUCACCCAUCCCAGGGACCAAAUUCUCCGGCUAGCUCAGGGCCAGGCAGCCCAUACGGUUUACCAGCGGGCACACCACCACCAGCGUACCAACCGCACGACGACAAUGCCAACAUGAAUAAUCAAAACAGGAACAACCACCCGCGACCCCACCAUACACCGAUGGACACCCUGCCAACACCUUCUCAUGGAAACAGAGUUGAUCUGCAGCCAGUGACAUACCAAGAGCCCCAGUUCUGGUGCUCUAUCGUGUACUAUGAGCUGAAUAACCGGGUCGGGGAGGCCUUCCACGCCUCACAGACCAGCAUCGUGGUGGACGGCUUCACCGAUCCUUCCAACAACGCCGACAGAUUCUGUCUGGGUCUACUGUCAAACGUCAACCGCAACUCUACUAUAGAAAACACCAGGCGACACAUCAGUAAAGGUGUGCAUUUGUAUUAUGUGGGAGGAGAGGUGUUUGCAGAGUGCCUGAGUGACUCCAGUAUAUUUGUCCAGAGCCGUAACUGCAACUACCACCAUGGAUUUCACCCCACCACGGUCUGCAAGAUUCCUCCAGGCUGUAGCCUUAAGAUCUUCAACAACCAGGAAUUUGCAGCCCUCCUCAGUCAGUCCGUCAACCAUGGCUUUGAGGCUGUCUAUGAACUCACUAAAAUGUGCACUAUACGGAUGAGCUUUGUCAAGGGCUGGGGGGCGGAGUACCACCGUCAGGAUGUGACUAGCACCCCCUGCUGGAUAGAGAUUCAUUUGAACGGCCCCCUGCAGUGGCUGGACAAAGUUUUGACUCAAAUGGGAUCGCCUCAUAAUCCUAUCUCAUCCGUUUCUUGAUCGUCAACCCUCCAUCCCUUUCAAAAACAAAUCGAUCUCGAGGCCAAAAUUUAUCACCGGUCACUCAGUGUUGUCAUGUACAUCGAAUUGUCGAGCUAAAAAAACAAAAUGAACAUUUUGCCCAGCCAGAAUUAUAAAUGAAAUAGUAUUUGAUAUGUAUGUGUAAUGUACUUAAUUGUAUACAAAAGAGCAGUUGUCUUUGCAUUCCAAAUGAGUUAGUGCUUUGUUUAUCUAAAUUGCCGACAUUGUCAGCUGUAUUAGUUUAUCGAGUAUGAGGCUGUAUUGCUUUUAAGGGUAAAACGGAGUAGGUCAAACAUACACUAUUUCCCUGAAAGAGGCUGAACUGUGUUUGUUGUGGUGAAACUAAGCUUGCUUCACCAGUGGCAAAAUAGGGAACUGCAAAAUAAAUUAUUUGAAAUGUACGACAAUAUACCACUGUGUAGAUAUUAUAUAUAUUCAGCAGAUUUUGUGCAUGUCUUCAUGUUGUUCACUCAGUGGAUGUAAAUAUUGUGCUACUUUAAUAUUCUUAUAGUAAUUACUAACACAAUUUUUUUUGACACAAAAAUUUGUUAUGUGCUUAGAGAAUAGUUAUGGAUAGUGAGAGAAAUUAUUAUGAUAAUUUUUGAGUUGAGCAUGCAAAAAUUUUUUGGGGGUAUAUUUCAUGCUUGCAUGUGAGAACUGUAAGCUAUGUUUUAAAAAGUUGUAUUGUUUACUGUACUAAUCAAAGCUUACUGAAAGCCUUUGUUGUUGGGCAAUUCAUUGUAUUUAUGAAAGUAAAUUGCAAAAAAGACUAAAUACUAAUUAGCAAGUUGUGGUACCCUAUUUUGUAACCAUGUACCUGGUAGUCUGGGUUUUGGAAUGAGAGCUAAGAAAUGAAAGCAGAAACAGUGUUUAUUCUAUAUUUUGUUGCAUAUUGUGCGUGUCUUUUAUAAAUAUAAUGUUGAAAUUAAGCUAAAAGCAUUUACAUGUAUUUAUGAACUAACUUGAUUAAUUGACAUUUGUUGAACAAUUACCAUAAAAAGUGCUUGAUUUAAAUUUAACAACAGAAAGAAAAGCUACUGAUGUGAUAGAAGAAUUAAUUUUGUUUAACAUUUAUUGUCACAAAAUAUAUAAUAUCUUGUUAUGUUUGUAAAUAUAAAAGAUAUAGAUUAAAUCAUAUUAUUCGCUAGUCUUUAAUUCUCUAACUGUAUAUACAGACCAUUUGGAUUUGCAGGAUGAUAUGAAAUGCUCCAAAUUUAAUGUUAUAGCCAAAAAAAGCUGAGUUUGUAUGACAAAGUUGCAGUCAUUAAAAAAUUGUGCUCAAAUCAUUUUGAAGUGAGGUUUCUAAGAAAUAUAUAUAAAAUUUGUAAUAAGUUAUCUCACAUAUAAUGUACUUGAAUGAAAUGUGUUGACUUUUUGUUAGUUCAUUUUUUUUUUUUAAAUUUUUCUUUAAUGAUUUUGGCGAAUAACGUUUGCGAUCAUUUAUUAUCAGUUGAUUUCUGUUUGUUGAGACCUCAGGUCUUCUUUACAAAGAGUUGGAAACAACAAGAACGUUUUAUACCAUUGUUGAAUUUUUAUGAACUUAUUUUAUAUACUUUAUAUAUAUACUAUAUGUGAAAAAAAAAUUGAAAUAAAGGUUGUAUUUUUUAUUUUUUUUAAAUUUUCAAGAAUGCUUUGCUGGAAAAUGAAAUAUUUAGCUGAAGGAUAAUGAUGAACAUUAUGCCGUUUAUUACUGAUCUGUUAAAGAAAAUGGGAUAUUUUUUUUAAAACCUUGUUCCUUGUGAAUGUACAUUACUUUCAUUAUUACAUUGUGAUCAAAAGGAGAAAUAUUCUAACAAUUCGAAGUACAUAUUCUUGUAUUUUUUGUGUUACAAGAAAGCAGCCAGACAAAGGCUAGAUCUGAAGUGACUGUACUGUUACAACCAGAAAUAAAAAAGAUGAUACGUUAUUAUACAAGUAAACGUGGUUUUAUUAAACAUCCCAGAAUCUCUCUCCCAUUCUUUGUAUUGGCAUAUCUUGAUAUCUUUUUUUAAAACGUUGUAUUCCAUUACACAAAUAUGUCUUUGUUAUCAUUACAUGUGCAAUGCAUUUAUGAUUGAAUCAAAAGGGCUUUUGUUUUCUUUCUAGCCUUGCCAUGAACAAAAAACUAUUUGAUUACAGCAUGUAGGUGUCGCUGUGCCUGAUGUGACAACUGCCUUUUCUUUGUCCUGCUUGUAGCUAUCACUGCAUGUACUGAUUUACUGCUUCAGGUGUCAUCAGCUGCAUAAUAAAAGAGAACUUUAUA